AUGGCACCCAAGAAGAAGGAUGCAGGAGCCGAUGUCCUCCAGGACGGCCCAGCGGAGGAGGAGGAGCCCGGCAGCGGCAAGGUUGUCUUCAGUUUCAGUGCUCAAGGAGUCAAGGACCUUCCUGGGGAGUCGGAGAGCCAAGGGGAGCGAGACGACUCGUGGUGA